GAAAGCAUGAUUAAUUUGGAGCACGAUGACGAUUGAAAUUGGGAAUUUAUUUCCAAGCCAUUUAAUUGACUGCUGCUAAAUUGUAGUUCAGCAUAGCCUACAAGCUCAUAAAGUGCAGAAGGUAGCGCGUGUGAUUGUCGGGCGGAGUUCUCCGAGCAAUGCGCAACCACUUGUAUCGCACCACUACAUCAUUCGGAGACUCAGAGCAGAACGACAUGCCCUCGUGGCGAACAACAACAAUUUGUAUUCCCCUGGUGAUGUUUUUGGAUAUCAUGAAAAUAACGUUAAUUUUCGCAUAGAAAGAAAGGUGUUUGAGGUAUAAAAGUAGAGCUCUUCAGAGGACCGACGCGGGUGGUGUAAACUAGUCUAGAAAAUCACAUUAACCAAGGCUGUGGGAGGGCUGACACUCCUGCGGGCAUGGCCUACACUCUGGGCACAGGGCCUGAGUCUGGGCCAGUCGUGGGCACCCAGCACUGUAUCACCAGGGUGGAGCUGUCCGUGUGCUGCGGCAACCUGCUGGACAGAGACGUGGCCUCCAAGUCUGAUCCCUUUUGCGUCCUCUUUCAUGAGGUGGAAGGCAACUGGGUUGAGAUUGGUCGAACGGAGACUGCAGUGAAUAACCUGAACCCAGUGUUUGGGGUGAAGUUCAAGGUGGACUAUCACUUUGAAGAGAUCCAGCGGCUGAAAUUUGCCCUGUUUGAUGAGGACAAGUGCAGCAGCCAACUGUAUGAGCACGACUUCCUUGGAGAGUUCAUCUGUACACUGGGGGUGAUUGUGUCCAAUAAGAAACUUCACCGGCCUCUGACCUUGGCCAAUGGCAAGCCAGCUGGGAAGGGAACCAUCACCAUAACUGCUCUGGAACUGUCAGACAAUAGAAUAAUCACAUUGACCUUGUGUGGGAGAAAGCUUGACAAGAAGGAUUUCUUUGGUAAAUCAGACCCCUACCUGGAGUUCCACAAGCAGGGAGAUGAUGGGAAGUGGAUGUUAGUCCACAGGACAGAGGUGAUAAAGAACACCCUGGACCCAGUGUGGAAGCCCUUCACGGUACCUCUCAUCUCCCUCUGUAAUGGGGAUGUGGACAGAAGCAUCAAGGUACUCUGCUAUGAUUAUGACAAUGAUGGAGGCCAUGACUUCAUUGGAGAGUUUCAGACCACGGUCACCAAAAUGAGCGAAGCCCAGAAUUCGCUGGAGGUCGAGUUUGAAUGCAUCAAUCCGAAGAAGCAGAAAAAGAAAAAGAGCUACAAAAACUCUGGAGUCAUCAUUCUGAAGUCAUGCAAGGUGGAAAGGGACUACACCUUCCUGGACUAUAUUUUAGGGGGAUGCCAGAUCAUGUUUACUGUUGGCAUUGACUUCACUGCGUCGAAUGGGAACCCUCGGGAGCCCUCCUCUCUUCACUACAUCAACCCUCUGGGCAGCAAUGAGUACCUGUCAGCCAUCCUGGCUGUGGGCCAGAUAAUCCAGGACUAUGACACCGACAAGAUGUUUCCUGCUCUUGGAUUUGGGGCUCAACUCCCUCCAGACUGGAAGGUGUCUCAUGAAUUUGCUAUCAACUUUGACCCCACCAAUCCAUUCUGCCAAGGUGUGGAGGGGAUUGCCCAGGCCUACUCUAACUGUCUGCCUCACAUCCGCUUCUACGGACCCACCAACUUCUCCCCCAUCAUCACUCAUGUGGCUCGCUUUGCCAGCCAGGCCCUCCAACAGGAGACUGCGGCGCAAUACUUUACUCUGCUGAUCAUCACAGAUGGGGUGAUCAGUGAUAUGGACGAGACCCGCCAUGCCAUUGUCCAGGCAGCCAAACUCCCCAUGUCAAUCAUCAUCAUUGGAGUGGGUAAUGCAGACUUUGCCGCCAUGGAGUUCCUGGAUGGGGACAGCAGUGUGUUACGCUCAUACACAGGAGAGGAGGCAGUCAGAGACAUCGUGCAGUUUGUUCCCUUCAGGGACUUCCGAAAUGCUCCGAAGGAAACUUUAGCUAAAUCAGUAUUGGCUGAGCUGCCGCAACAGGUCACUCAGUAUUUCAAACAGAGGAACCUGUCGCCUAGCAACACAGCAUCAGAGUGAAACCCCAGGCCUCGGUUCAUCAUGCAUGUUGCAAAUAUCUACUUACUGUUUACAAAACAACAAAAAAGUGCAUGAAAUGUUUUUUUUAUAUGUAUUUAUCAGAUUUUUUUUUUUUACUUAUUUGAAAGCAAGAUUUUGUGUAGGAGAAAAAAGUGUCAAAGAACACUACUUUGCUGUCCCCUGAAGGGAAAUUUUUGAAAUGAGUAUACUGAAUGUACAUUUAUACAAUGUUCAAUGUUUUGAAAUGGAAAUGUUUUUAUGUAUCUUUUAUGCAGUGAAUUGUAAUUUGUUGUACUUGUUGGCUACCUUUAAGGUGUUGUUAUUGAAUUUAUAAAGUUCACCAUGACAUUUAAGUUCCCACUCAGGUCAUUAAACUUACAGAAAUGUCACUGUUGCAUUUGUUUGACUAGAACAUACAGGAGGCAUUCCAGAGCAGAUUAAUGUUGUCAUGCUGUUCAUCUCCAUUGGCCACCAUCUUUGUUCCAUUAAGUAGGAAAUUAAUGUCUAACCACCUACGUGUCAACUGUAUUAACAAAAAUCCCAUGAUCAAAGGUUGGAUGUUUCUUUUCAACUGUUAACUGCAAGUUUAUGCGGUUACUCUUCACUGAUUUUGUGGUUUUGUUUGACCCUCACAAAUGUGACCAAAUACAUUUUUGAAACAGGAACCAAUUAGCAGCAAUUUACACUCAGUGGCCACUUUAUAGGGUACACUUACCUAAUAUUGGGUAGGACCGGUUUUGCUUCGAGAACAGCCUGAAUACUUUGUGGCAUGGAUUUGAUUCGGUGCUGGAAACAUUCUUUGGGGAUUUUGCUCCAUGUUGACCUGAUAGUAUCACAGUUCAUGCAGAUCUUUCAGCCACACAUUCUUUCCUGUUCCACGUCGUCCCAAAGGUGCUCUGUUGGAUCUGGGGACUGUGCAGGCCACUGGAGUAAAUUGAAGUUACAUGUUCAGCUUGAAUCAGAUCUAGAUGACGUGUGCUUUGACAUGGCACACUGUCCUGUUGGGUAAAUGGGUAAACUGUGGCCAUAAAAUAUAUGAAUACAUAAUAUAUUUUGAAAUUCAAAUAAUGCGUUAUUGGUAUUAAGGGGACAAAAACUGUGUAUUAAUGUGUGACAAGAAAUCAAUCCCAUAAAAGGUUAUAUCAGGGAACUAGGAUUUCAACUCAAACAAAGUGCUCCACCCCGCUCUUUUCAAGUUACAGGAAAGUAUAUGGGCCAAAAGUGCCCUCCUAUUCAGAAAUUCAAAAAAAUGCUGACACCCACAGCACACUAACGCUGCUUGUUACCUCAUACAUCCGGUUGUAUCAUGACAGUUCUGUGAUUAUGUAGUCAGUCCAAGAGAGAUAAAGUAUAUGGACAGUAACCCUUUAGUGUUUCAGGCUCGAUAUUCCCAUGCUUUAGAUUUGAAAUGAUGCAAUGACUAUGGGGAUAAAGUGCUGACUGUCAGUUUUAGUUUCAGUGUAUUUUUAAUCACAACAAACCAUUGAAAAUUGUCAUCAUGUUUUGAAAAUAGUCCCCCCCCAUUUUUAGUUGCCAAAAAUGUUUGGGCACAAAAUCCUUUUUUGCCCAUAUACUGAUAGCCCCCAAAAUGUUGAGACUAUCUGCAAAACCUGCUGAAAUUGUAAAUGCUUCAUCCUGUAAAAUUAAAAUACCCUCAAACCAAAGCUGACACUUAAGAAAUAAAAAAAUAAAAAAAUGUGUCACUGUCCAAACACUUCUGGAGUUCACUGUUUUAUGAUUUUCGUUUCUGAGUGUGUGAUAUCAGGUUUAGAAAUACUGUAUAUUGAUUUUUACCAUUCAUGAAUCAUAGUUCCAAUUCUAGCCGAACAUACCGGGGGCUAAAAUGCACCGUUUGUCCUGAUCUCCACAUUUUGAUUGUGGCCAAAUUCUGAGACAGGUGCAGAUGAAUUCAAGACACUCCAGAGGUAUUGAGACACGUGUUUUGUCUGCAUAUGAAUAAAGCGUGAAAAGAUAUGGAUGGUCAAUCCAUUUAACCGUUAACAUUACACCAGUCUUUAAUCUCACUGACCAGUACCAUUGACUUGGUUGUAAUGGUUUUAAAAUAAAUGUUUAUUACUUUUGAAAAAAUGUCUGUCAAUUCAUUAGCAUAUAGGGAGUCACCAGUUAGAUAAGGGAAACAAUUCACUUCAGUUGAUAGAUCAGACAGUGAUUUGAUCAUAGCCUAUUGAUCAGAUCACAAAACACAAUGGCCAGGCUUAAGACCAUCAAACCCAUGGUGUAUCAUAGGUAUGGUAAAUUGUGAUUGAUCUAAAAGUAAUGGUUGUGUUUCCCCGGGAAUAGAGGGUGUGACAUUUAGCCAAUGUAGAAUAAAGGGGCCCUGGUGGAAAAAGGUUGUUAACCCUUGCUCUAGAAACCAACAAAUGUCACCCUUUUUUAAUGUGAAAAUUGUCAUGAAAAGUUAAUUUAGACAUAAUAAAGAAACAUAUAAACAAUGACACUGCUGUUGAUCUGAACUUUGCCCAUGUAGAUUGAAAUAACAGUAGCAGUUUCAAUCUACACGGUUGACCAGCUUACAAAUUGAGUGGUCAGUCAAUAUGCAUUCAAGCAGUAAACCUAAAAAUGCUGAGCUGAACAUUGUCUGGUGUAAGACAUAAUGGUUUUGAAACAACAAUUGACUAGAUCAACGUAGUGUUAGCAUUGCUGCAUAAAUGUAGCCUUGCACAGUUGCCUGAUCACACAAAACUCACGUUUAAACGCUACACAGAUGUAAGUCAAGUCAUAAUGAGUAGACUUAAAGGGAUAGUUCGGCCAAAAUUAAUAUUUGGGUAAAAGUCUACUUACUCUGAGUUGUUUCUGAAGGCACAUAGAGUCAUUUUUCAAAAAACAAUCUUGAAAGAUAUCAGUCAUUUCCAAAGCAUUAGACAU